AUGUCUACCCAAACAGCUCCGGCCAUCCCCCCUCGACCGGCUCGAUCACCAAAACCCCCUACGUCUAUAGACAACAGCAUGCCCAAGAUUCCCCCACGUCCGAACCGAACCAUGGACCGAUCCAUGUCUCCCAUGCGGGAUAGAUAUGCCCCAUCCCCGUUCAACGAGUGGAAUGGCCCGAGUCUCAGCCGAACCACCUCGAACGACAUUCCCCAGCGCCCUCCGAGUGUGACAAUACCCUCUCUGGGUGAAGAGGGCAUCGAGUAUGCCGAUCUCAAUGUGGGGAACGUGUCCGAUGGCCUUAACCAGGCGCCGGCAGAGACUCGUAACGUUAGCAAUGACCUUCACAUUCAUGCGCCGAGGCCCUCUCUUCCCACAUCAAGUGCUAAGGCAAAAGUGCAGGCGGUAACCCGUACGGAUUCCCGCCAGGCCGCAGCGGCGGGACUGGGUCACGAAAGCUCCCCCGCACGCGAGGAGCACGAGCGCCAUGGUCGUUCGCUGCACUCCCGGGCGAGCCACUCGCGGGCCGAGUCCUCCACUGCUUCGUCUGAUCGCCGACAUUCCGCGCAGCUCGGCGAAGAGUCCGGUUUCCGAGUUCCCAUGUACCCCAAUGCGGGUGACGUCCAGGCGCCGUCCCCCAGCCCGUAUCUAGACCAGGGCUCUCAGCAGCGACGGGGUCGCAACCACAACAGCACCCGUAGUGGUCGAGACACUUCUCUGCCUCCGGGUAGCUACGGACUUCACGGACACGGUGUCCAGAACAACGACAAGUUCGAGAAGGCAUGGUACGAAAAACACCCCGAGGAAUUCGUCAAGGAAGAGGGACAGUAUGGUCCUGGUGUGGGCUCCCCUCGUCCUGAUUGGGCAUUGAGUAGCGAUGAUUUGAACAAGAUCGUCCGAGCUCCAGCUUCGGCUUGCUCUGGUGGGGGCGCCUCGCCCGCUGCUAUGGGCACUCCUGAAGAGGAGGUCGGCUACCUCGCUUCAGAUGAAUAUAUGCACCGCAUGGCAUCCCCAGCCCAAGACUCUCGAUUUGAUGCCCAGCCAGCCGUGGAGUCACCGCUGCGAAAAAUGAGUUUCCCGGUCUCGGAGACUCAGCCUAAGAGCCCCAUUCGACAAUCGUCAAGCCAUCCCCGGAGCAGCUCGCACGGCCAUAGCGAAGGGGUGAUUCAUGUUGAUGAUCCAAUGCAUCACCUUCAUCACCCAGACGGCUUCGCCCCUACUCCUGUAUUUGAGGACCACACAUCCGAGAUAGAGGAGCCCAUUGAAGAAGAGGAUCCCAUUCUUGCUGCCGAUGAGGUGCGCCCAGAGUCCGCGUACCUGCACCCUGCAGUUUCUCCAACCUUUGAACACAGGGGAAGCUUUGAUGAGGAUGCGCAUAGCCGGACCCCUAGUAUCUCGCAUAGUCGUUCCAACAGUAGGUCAGCAAGUGCUGGAGGUGCUCCUAUGUUGACUCGCUUCGACUCGCGUGAAAUGCACGACGAUAAUCACACGCCCUUGGAAGAUGUGGAGGAAUACGAGCCACUUUUUCCCGAGGACGAGCCAAAGAAAGAGGGCUCCAUCUCAACAGCAGAACGUUUCAAGAAUCGCCCAGACAUGCUCAAGCACCGAUUCCCCAGCCAAGAUAUUUGGGAAGAUACGCCGAACAGUCUGCAGUACUAUGCUACUGUGACCACCCCGGAUCUCCCCAAACGUGAUUCCUCCGAGGCCUUUGAGACACCUGAGCAGGAGGCCGCGCGCAGAAUGCAGACCGAUAAGUUUGAUUCUCAUAAGGUCGCUAGCCAAAUUCUUGAGGGCGAUGGUGUUCGUGGGAAGGGGAAACCUAUGCGGCCAGAAAACAAGCAGCGGUUCCCCAGCCGAGACAUCUGGGAAGAUGCUCCCGAUAGCCAGCAGCUGGUUACUACCGUCGAGCCCGCCACGGACGAGGUUAAGAGCCCAGAAGGGUUCUCAAAAUCUUCAAUUCCCACGCGUCCGCAAAAGCAGGCACAAGCAACCUCGCCCACAGAGAAGCGCCAGCCGCCGACGAUUCCAGACCGGCCGAAGCCUCAAAUCCCAGCUCGGCCUGCAAAGUCUAGCCCCCAGGCUUCAGCCGAGGGUGCAGCCGCACCCAAGGCGAAGCCCGCAGUACCGGCCCGACCCGGUGGCAGCAAGAUUGCGGCUUUGAAGGCAGGUUUCCUCACAGACUUGAACUCACGUCUCCAACUGGGCCCCCAACAACCCAAACCCCAGGAGAAGGAGCCCGAGCCAGCAGCUGAGAAGCAGCCGUUGAGCGAUGCACGCAAGGGAAGAGCCCGUGGCCCAACUCGGAGGAAGCCCGCCGUAGAGAAUGCCAAUGCCAGACUACCCUCGAUCCCGGAGAUCAAGAUUACUACGGCAUGGAAUGUAUGGUCUGUUGGCGAAGACGGUGAUCUGACCGUCGGCAAUGAGGCCUCUCCCAGCAAGAUCAAGUCCACCAUUCCGUCCGAGCUCCCCGCCGCCCCCGAACUCGCCAAGAACACAGCUGGUGAACCCGUCGAUCCAACCCCGGAAUCCACCGUGGGCGAGGUCGUCUCACCCGGCACCAUCGAACCGUACGUUGACUCAAUCCCAGCCAAAUCUCCCGAGACCUCAGAACCAGCCGAAACCCCAGUGGAAGCCGCCGAGCUCGCACCUAAGAAAGACGAGCCCGAACAAUCACCGCCCGGGGCCACCGCUCUCGCUGAGGCAGUGCCAACCUCUACGAAGCUGGACAAAGCUCUAGAGGACAUGACCGCAUCGGCAGAUGGGAAGCGGACGUCCGACGGUGACAUCCACGCGAAGGAAGAGUCCUGA